GAUAGUCAGCACAACAUAAUUUGUUAAACCAGACCAGCGAAGAAGAACAUUAUUUCAUCAACUGUCAAGAUGGCUGCUGUGUACAUGUCAGCGAACCGGUCCGAAAAUGCUUUUAGUACAGUUGAUUUGGUGCCAGAGUGGGCACAAGAAGAAGUUAGCACUGGGACUACCAUUAUGGCAGUGGAGUUUGAUGGAGGGGUUGUGAUUGGCGCGGACUCCAGAACAACAACAGGUGCUUACAUUGCCAACCGAGUUACUGACAAGUUGACUCCCAUUCACGACCGCAUCUUCUGCUGCCGCUCUGGUUCUGCAGCUGACACACAGGCUGUUGCUGAUAUAGUCACCUAUCAGCUGGGCUUUCACAGUAUUGAGCUGGAUGAGCCUCCACUUGUGCAAACGGCAGCCAAUCUCUUCAAACAGACAUGCUACAGAUACAGAGAGGAGCUGAUGGCUGGCAUCAUUGUGGCUGGCUGGGACAAAAGAAGGGGUGGACAGGUGUACACAGUCCCAAUGGGAGGUAUGAUAGUGAGGCAGCCAGUGUCAGUAGGUGGUUCUGGCAGCUCCUACAUAUAUGGCUUCAUGGAUUCUAACUACAAGCCUGGGAUGACCAAGGAGGAGUGUCUUCACUUCUGUACCCAGGCCUUGGCACUGGCCAUGGAGCGGGACGGUUCUAGUGGAGGAGUGGCUCGUCUGGCAGCCAUCACAGAGGAGGGCCUGGAGAGACGGGUUGUUCUGGGGAACCAGCUGCCCAAAUUCUCCAAUGCCUAGACAAGGAGCAGAGGGGAAAUUCCUUUGCUGUGCAGACAACGCACCCCCUGUCAAGUCCAUCCACUUAAGCGCUAUACCUAGGCCUGUGCAGUGUAGGACUUUGGAAAGCCGUGUGAAUGUGUCUCAUUUAUUUUUGUUUUGCAAACUAAGAUUUGUCAUGCAAUAAAAAAUACUGAACCUUA